AAACACAAGAGACACACACAUACUCUCUCUCUCUCUCUCUAACAUACUCUCCUCUAGCUUUUCACAAACGCAAAAACACAGUUACAGGAUCAGGUAGUGAUGGUGAUCAUGAAACCUGAGAAAUCCCUAUCAACGACCAUGAAUGCAAGAAUCAUGGGUUCCGGAAAAGAAACUCUGGUUCUAGCUCAUGGCUAUGGCGGAGAUCAGUCUGUUUGGGACAAGCUUUUGCCUCAACUCACUCAGACCUAUCAAGUUCUUGUUUUCGACUGGAGCUUCUCCGGCGCCAUUAAAGAUCCAAACACUCUCUUUGAUCCUCUCAAAUAUUCCACUUAUGAUGCUUUUUCCGAUGACCUAAUCGCCCUUCUUGAAGAGUUGAACUUGGAUUCAACUGUUUUCGUCGGCCACUCUAUGUCUGGCAUGAUCGGAUGCAUUGCUUCCAUCAAAAAGCCUCACCUCUUCACAAACCUCAUCCUUGUUGCAUCAUCUCCAAGGUACGUAAAUUCUGAAGGUUACGAAGGAGGAUUUGAUAUCACAUACAUUGAACAAUUAUUCUCUAGUAUAGAAUCGAACUAUGACGAGUGGGCAUCUGGUUUUCCUUCUGUUGUUAUUGACAAAAAUGAUCAAGAAUCUGUCAAAAAGUUUGAGAAAAUCUUGAAAAGAAUGAAACCCGAGAUUGCCCUUUCAACAGCCAAAACCGUAUUUCUAUCGGACCAUCGUGACAUCCUUGAAAAGGUUGUGAUCCCAUGCACCAUAGUCCAAACAACAAACGAUAUCGUGGUUCCCAUCCAAGUUGUUGAGUACAUGAAGAAGAUGAUCAGGGGAGAAUCAGUGGUCGAGAUGAUUAAUACUGACGGACAUUUUCCUCAACUAACUGCCCCUCUUAAGCUUAUCGAAAUAUUUGAUAGAGUGAUGAAGAUUUGAAUUCGGGAUAAGGGUACUUCAUUAAUUUUCUUCUUUUUUUUUCAGAAUUUAUUUUCUAUUUUGGAGCAUUAGCCGUUUGAAAAUAGUAUAUUAUCAUAUCUAUGUGUGUGGUGGUUGGUCUGCGGUAGAUAUGUUAAGAUGGCCUUGUGGUCAUCGUAUUGUUUCAAUUGAAUUUGUUGACUUUUUUAGUCAAACUAUACGACUUAUAGAAUUUUGUCAUAAAUGUGUUUGUAGUGUUUGAAAACAAUUUGUUUUUGAUC